AUGGCCGCAACCACCGAACCGACUACGAAGACACCAGGGGUGUCCCGCGAGCCACGCCUGGGCGCGGCUCGCCAGCGCGUGCGCCUACCGCACCCGCAAGUCGUCAACGAUGGACCCGCUUGCGAGAGCGGGAAGCGAGACGAUAAGAUCCUCGCCGCGCUCGCCGCACUCACCGAUCGACUGGCGAGCCUCGAGUCGUCGCAGAGAGUGCGAGACGAGGAGGAGCGCAUGCUCGGGGCCGUGGAGAGCGGACUGUUCGCCUCGAAACUCGGCGCCAACAUGCGUGACCGACCGAUGACGAUAGACGCGAUCGGAGAAGCGGAGGAGAAGGCACCGGUGUCACGUGGAUACCAGCGCGCGACUGAUCUUGGCGCGUCGCGAUUCGCAUCGCUCAGGCCACCUCGCGCGCGAGCAGCACCGCAGCUGCAGCAGCGCGCACCAGCGUCUGCGCCACCUCCGCAGGAGCAUGCAGCGCUACCUCCGCCGCAACAAUUCGCUCCGCCACAAGCCUAUGUGCGACCGGGCCUCAACGGCUAA